AAAAUCUUUAUUCUCAUUGUAACAAUGAAACAUUGUACAACAAAAUUCAGGUGCAACUCUACAGAUAAAAAAUAUAAAAGUUAAAGACAGAAAUAGGCAACUAACCUCUUGGCAGCAUUCAGGAUGGUGAGAGCUAAUGGGUAAAAUCUGGUUUUUAUUGUGUUAGUUUUAGUUUUUUUAGUUUGUCUAAAGUGUCUUGAAAUGUGAGCAGAAGUUUUCUGACGCUGCAGAAGGACCUUCAUUACUGGAACAAGUAGAAACAUCUGCAGGCAUGAGGUGGACAUCAGUUUGAAUCGGCUGGGCGUUUCCAUGGGUCCAGUUAGCAACACGAAAAAAAUACAAUUAUUUUUAGUGAAAGGUUUUGCGCUAGGUCUUUGGAUGUAUCAAAUGGAAGCAACAACAGUCAGAAACGACCAAGAAGAUGACAGGAAGUGACAGGAUCCAUGUUUUUAAUAAGCUACCAUGUGAACAAACUUAUUGAUGUGAUUUUAACUGAGUUUCUUUUUUAAUGGAAACACACCAAUAGUGAAAUUGUAUUUUCUUACAUUAGUGGAAACACAGACACAGACAAAAGACGGGUCAGUCUGACGGUCGGUCCAGGAACGUCUCUACUGGGAAGAACAAUCAGAUCAUUCAACUCAUUUUUGAAAAGCUGUAAAAAAAAAAUGAUGGAUGGACAUUAAGAAAUGAAUAUUGAUCUGUUAUCUGUUUGCUUUCAGGCUGACCUGAAGCUCUGGACCAGGACGGUUUGGUAGAAAACGAUGAUGGAACCAUUAAAGGAAAACAUUUCUUCACAUCAAUACUUCAUCUUCAGUGGCUUCAGUGAGCUUGGAGCUCUGAAAUCCUUCAUUUCGAUCCCCUUCCUGAUUCUGUUCUUUGUGUCUCUGUUUGCCAACUCCCUGCUGAUCUAUGUGGUCAUUUCACAGAGGAGCCUCCACUCCCCGAUGUACAUCCUCAUCUCCUGCUUGUCAUUUGUUGAUAUGUGCCUGCCACUGAUUCUCAUCCCCAACCUGUUGCUGAACAUCUUGUUCAACGCGAGCGGGAUCUCUCUGAGCAGCUGCCUGGUUCAGAUGUUUUUUGUUCAUUUCUCAGGAACGUGUCAGUCCACUCUGCUGCUCUGGAUGGCGUUGGACCGAUACUUUGCCAUCUGCAGGCCCCUUUCCUACCAUGAUCACAUGUCUCUACCCAGAUUCCUCCAGUUUGUGAUUCCUCUUCUGGUCAGGGAUGUGGUCAUGAUCGUGACGGUGGUGAUUCUAGCAGGUAAAGUGUUGUACUGCUUCAGUAACGUGAUAAACCAUUGUGUCUGUGAACACAUGGCCUUGGUGGAGUUGGGCUGUGGCAGCACAGCCAUCAACAGUCUGGUUGGGUUAUUAGGAGUCUUCCUGGUCACUGUGUUUGAUUUCUUGUGCAUCACCGCUUCAUAUAUAAUCAUAUUCCGCUCUGUGAUGCGUUCAGGUAAAUCCAGUGCUAAAGCUCUGCACACCUGCGUCACUCACAUCAUCGUCAUCGUCAUCAGUUUGACCUUCGUGCUCACGGCUUUCCUGUCGUAUCGGAUCAGAAACAGCCUUCCAAACGCUGGUCGCCUUUCUGUCAGCAUCUUGUACCUGUUUCUGCCGAGCUGUUUCAACCCGAUCAUCUACGGCAUCAGAACCACCGAGAUCCGAAAACACAUCUGGAGGACGCUGUCAUCUCGCACGCUGUGACUUACAGCUGAAAAACUGUUUCAAUUUUUGGUUCCAUAUUGUUUAUUAAUAAAAAUGUUUCAAAC